UCAGGUCAUGUAGGUCAGGCCGUGUAGAUCAGACAAUGAAGAUCAGUUUGAGGAUUAAAGAUGCCACUGUUUUACAGGCGAUCGGUGAGAAUUGUGCUUUGCGAGAGCAAUAAUUGAGAAACGCUUGUGCUCCACAGAUCGCCAGACAGCAGCAGCAACUUCUUCAGCAGCAGCACAAAAUCAAUCUCCUGCAGCAGCAGAUUCAGCAGGUCCAGGGUCACAUGCCUCCUCUCAUGAUCCCCAUUUUUCCACACGACCAGCGCACACUGGCCGCAGCCGCCGCCGCCCAGCAGGGCUUCCUCUUCCCUCCAGGCAUGUCCUACAAGCCAGGUGAUAACUACCCGGUGCAGUUCAUUCCUUCCACAAUGGCAGCUGCCGCCGCGUCAGGACUCAAUCCUCUUCAGCUCCAGCAACUGUACGCAGCCCAGCUGGCCAGUAUGCAGCUCUCUCCAGGAGCAAAGAUGGCGCCACUGCCCCAGCCACCUAAUUCUGCAGGGCCACUAUCACCUGGGCCCAAGAGUGAGAAGAGGUCCUCCAGCCCACUGGGCCAAAUCAAGGAGGAGGGAACGCAGCCCUUGAACCUCUCAGCCCGGCCUAAGACGGCCGAGCCAGUAAAAUCCCCCUUGUCCCCGACACACAGCCUGUUCUCAGGCAGCAAGAACAGUCCCAAUAGCCAGUCCAAGAGUGGAGGAAUCCCGAGUCCUCUCGGUCUGGGUCGAGGAUCAUCCCUCGAUAUCUUGUCUAACCUGAACUCCACGGCACUAUUUGGAGACCAGGAUGCUGUAAUGAAGGCCAUCCAGGAGGCGAGGAAAAUGAGGGAGCAGAUCCAACGUGAACAGCUGCAGCAUCACCAACAGGGCAUGGAGGCUAAACUCUCGGCUCUCUCAGGCCUCGGUCUUAACAACUGCAGAGCUGACAAGGAACGGGUUCACUUUGAAAGCUUGGGGCAUCAUCUGGGAAAACUAGGAGAUGACGGGAAGAUCGGACAGAGAGUCAUCGAUCUGACCAGGCCGGAGGAUCUGGAUGGGAGUAAGGAGCUGAAUGGUUCUGCAGAAAAACCACAACAGUAUUAUUGUUGGCCAACAGGAGGCGCCAGCACCACUGAAGCCCGGGUGUUCAGAGAAUCGCGAGGACGGAACCCCAAUGAGCCGCACAUCAAGCGACCCAUGAACGCCUUCAUGGUGUGGGCCAAAGACGAGCGGCGCAAAAUCCUGCAGGCUUUCCCGGACAUGCACAACUCCAACAUCAGCAAAAUCCUGGGCUCUCGCUGGAAGUCCAUGUCCAACCAGGAGAAGCAGCCGUACUACGAGGAACAGGCUCGUCUGAGCAAGAUCCACCUGGAGAAGUACCCCAACUACAAGUACAAGCCCCGGCCCAAGCGCACGUGCAUCAUCGACGGCAAGAAGCUGCGCAUCGGCGAGUACAAGCAGAUGAUGCGCUCGCGGAGGCAGGAAAUGCGCCAGUUCUUCACAGUAGGGCAGCAGCCCCAGACUCAGCUCCCGAUCAGCAGCAGCGCGGGCGUCGUCUACCCCGGAGCCAUCAGCAUGACCUCGGACUGCUCGAGCAACUCGGCCAGCCCCGAGCCCACCGUCCCCGUCAUCCAGAGCACCUUCGGCAUGAAGACGGAGCCCAGCAUGCCCAGCGUGGUGCCCAGCGAACCUGUCAACGGCGAGGACGACAUGGACAUGUACGAGGACUUCGAGGACGAACCCAAAUCGGACUACAGCAGCGAGAACGAGGCGCAGGAACCCGUCAGCGCCAACUGAGGCUUUCGCUCACAACGGAUAGAAGGAGUACCGAAGGAGGACGAGGAGGAAAAAAAAACGACAACAAAAGAACUACAGAACAAAAUUUUAAAAAAAAAGAAAGAAAAGAAAAAACUUGUUUCUGAUAAUAUAUCCCUUAGGAGCCUGCAUGCACGUGUGGCUCCCGGCUUCAUCGGCUCUUCGGUCUUAAAUGUUUCUUCGAGUGUGAAGCAGUUUGAUUGUGUUGUUUUUUUUUUUUGUUUGUUUUCUUUGUUUUGUUUUUUUAAUUCUUAUUCGAUCAUGGAUGUGUACACAAAUUGACCUGUAAAGUUACAGAGGGCAGGAACUUGAAACUUAUUCUCGCUCUCACAGUCUUACACACAAGUAUAUAUAUAAAUAGAAAUAAAUAUUUUUUUUUGUUUUUGUUUUUUUUUGUUGGUUUUUUUUAGAUCACUGUUUUUGACGGGGUUCUGUAUUUCUCUCAGGUAUGCUGUGCCAGCCAACAGCGUGUGAAUGUUUUUCUUUUGUUUCGUUUUGUUUUUUGGGGGGAAUUUUUUAAUUUUUUUUAUUUGAUUUGAGCAAUUUAAAAAAUAAUAAUAAUAAGGAAGAAGACAUUAGAACAAAACAAAAAAAAAAAAAAAACAAUCUAAAAAUUGACGGAAAAAACUGCCCCACAACUGCCCCUUUCUCUUAACUCAUCUGAUUUUAAUGUAUCUUAAUGCUCUUCUUAUCGUUUUCUCACCAUGACGUCCGAAUCCAGGUCCGACCACAAACGAAUCUUAGAUCUCCAGGUCUUAAAGGAGAGAGUUCGCGAGUCUUAGACAAUCCUCUGCGAUGUUCCCGUGGACGAGAAAAAUAAAAGCCUCUUUUUUUCCCUCUUCUUGAAGCACUCAGGAAUUUUCGAGGCAGUGUUAGAGAUGCUGGAUUUUAUUACGGAUAUCUGAAAGUCCUGGUUCAGUGCAGCAGGUCCAGAGCGGUGAUCACGCAGCCUGUCUCGCCCUUCGCUCCAGUCUUACUCCCACACUACGUUCUUAAUCACGGAGAUUGGCCGACGUGCCAAAGUGGGGCCAAAGGCAUCCAAUCUGUGAAAUUGAAAUGGCAGCAAAAGGCAGCUUCAGUGGCAUUACAGUCACAAAAUUGCUGUUGUACAAUACAUGCUUUCUUUUAUUAUUAUUUUUUUUUUACAGCAGUCCAUAAGUCCUGUCACCAUCAAGGCCUUCGGGACGUUAUUAUACCUGAAACGACACAAGAAAGUCUUAAAGCGGGGAGUGACUAAGUCUUAAAGAAAUCAGAAGUUUGUCCCGGACCCAUUAAGGAGACGUGGCGCUCGUUUACGGAGGAUCCUGAUUGGUCGGGAGGCGACGAUUCAUUUUCUAUAACAGCAGCUCUGCAAAACCGCACGUCAGUCAGGAGUCUUUUAUCGGGUUUGUUUUCACUCGUUUUUUUUGUAAGGAGUCUCCGGUGUCGGAGUCAAAGCUACGUCCGUUCACGUAAAUCUUUUUUCUGUAGCGUGACGAAGAAAGAGAAUAAAAAGACGAGGGGUUUUCAGCUGCUAGAGCGUGAGUGAGAACAGGAACGGAUCGGUUUCAUACGUACGGUAGGCACGGGAACGUAAAUAUAAACGGAUGAAAAAAAGAACAGAGCGUUUGAUUAGCGAUGCAAUAUUAAGACGUGAGGAUGUGUCGUUAUAGGAACAUAUAUGAACGACACGCGGCUUCGUGAACGUCACCGGAUUCGGACUCGGACCGGGCGUCGAUCAAAAGUCGGGGAAAACAAUACGGCCGAGAAGGAGGGAGGGAGGGAUGGAUGGAUGGAAGGGAGGGAGAGAGAGAGAGAGAGAUGGAGGGAGGGAGGAAGGGAUGGAGGGAGUCGAUAGCUGAUUGUGCUCAUUCCAUCAAAGCGCAGCAGAAAUCCAUGAGGUGCUGCAGAGCAGAUGGAACAAGUAGAUCAAGCUGUGGGAGAUUAUUAAAAUGACUGACGAGUCUGUAUCAUCUGAAACGCGCCAUUAUUAAUGCAUGAGGCUCGCUAUUUUCCUCUUGCCCUUGAACCUGUCUUAGAUUUUUUUCUUUUUUUUUUUUUUUUAUUUCCAUUAGCAACACGGCAAUUACCGCUGGGCCGACGAGCUGCUGGUCACCGCGUUGCCUCUCAAGGUCGUAAAUAUAAAUAAAUUAAGUAAUUAAUUUAAAAAAGAAAAAAAAAAGAAUCUUUAAAAAAAAAUCUUCUGAAGCGCUUACUUACUUUCUUCUUACCGUUAAACAUUUUCAUGAAGCCCCUAAAACAGAGAAGCAUUUACUUCAAGUCUUAGACUUAAGUCUCUUAAUUAAGCACUUGUGUAAUCUCGAAAAAAAUAAACAUUUACUAUUCUUUUUUUUUUUUUUUUUUUUUUUGCUGGUGAUUUAUCUCGUGAGAUAGAGAACGCUUGGCAGGGUUCAACCCCCUGAUGCUAAAUUAGAUGGUUUUUUUGUUUGUUUGUUUGUUUGUUUGUUUUUCUUCUCAAUAGUGUUUUGUUUAAAUUUGUUUUCUAUCUGUUUGCUGGUAGAUCGACUUGUACGUGUUUUGUACAUAUUUUCUUGACCACGCCAAACUGAUUUUGGAAGCUGGCGGUAGACAAAAAGGACUGUUGUCAGGACUGAAACUUGAUCACGCUUGUGUAAAAAGAGAGAGAGAGACAGAGAGAGACAGAGAGAGAGAGAGACAGACAGAGAGAGAGAGAGAGAGAGAGAGAGAGAGAGAGAGAGAAAGAGAGAUGACUCUGGUCACACAGUGUUACAAGCACUGGAUAUAAAUGGUAUUUUAAUCCUAUAUAUAUAUCGAUCGAUAUAUCGAUUCUGACUAAUGUGAAGCCGUCGUGCGAAAAAAAUAAAAAAUAAUAAUAAUAAUUCCACACGAACAAAAGUGACCUGUUUGGACUUACCAGAUUUGAGUCAUUGUUUUUUUUUUGUGUGUGUUGUUUUUUUUUUUCCUUUCAACUUUGUUUUGUUAAUUUAUGCAAAGAAACGUGCUAAAUAAAUACUAAAGGAAGACUUUUGUUUAAGCUCCAGUGCUGCCUAAGGGAGAUAAAGAGCAGUAAAACCCGACAGAAGGCUCACGUUAAGAGACUCUGACCAGCCGAGACACACCGCGCAUCUUACCGCUCAUGUACGUCUGUGUUUGUAUAAUGUAUUUGAAUCCUAUAUAGUGCAUAUAGACUUUUAUUGUAUUUAUUAGCCGUUGUUGGCUAUAAAAUUUGUCCGUAGAACUUUAAUAAAAAGGACAAUCAAGAGAAAAUACAGUGACGCUGAAUUGGAACUCAAAAUUCUUUUUUUUUUUUUUUUUUUUUUGAUAUAUUUACCUUUUUUUUUCUUUCUUUCGCAAUUGUAAAUAUAACAUAGAAAAAUAGACUUCUAUUUUUGUUCCUGAUUACUUACCGAAGUAUAAGUUAUGUAACUGAUUGACGUUUUUCAUGCCAUUUCUUUGUUGUUUUUUUUUUUUUUCUUUUUUCUUUUUUUCCUUUCUUUUUAUUCUGUGUUUGUGUCGUCAAUGUUGUCGAUCUCACGUCAAUCGUUGUCUAGAAAGAAAGAAAAAAAAAAAGAAGAAGAAGAAGAAGAAUCAAAACUAGACAAGUCACUGUACCUCAUGUAGAUGCUGAACUCAGUCCCCGGAGAUCGGAUCGUAUCGGACGCGACUCACGCAGGCGUUUCGACGUUUUCGGGAUCGUCGGCUCGAGGAAUCCGAUCGGUCGAAAACGUUCAGAUCCGGAGUGAGAUUCUCCGUCGGCUCGGUCCACGGCGACGAACAGAUAUUUAUUAUUUUAUAAUGCUGAACAAUAACACGGACACGUCCUUUGCAUCGUUACGUCUUCGUAGAUUUUAUCCGACGUUUUUAGUUUAGUGUUUUAUUUUUUUUUGUUUUGUUUUUGUUUUUCAGCUUUUCAGCAGCUGCAGUCCAUCUUGUGUUCGAUUGGUUUGUUCUUUAUCACUGCCAUUUUUGAUGCAAAUUAUAGAUACAACUGAAGACAAAAUGCGUUCGCUGUUUGAACUUUUACUGUAAUUCUGUUUUUUUUGGGGGGGAGUUUUUUUGUUUUUUUGUUUUUUUUUUUAGAUUUGAAUGAUGUAUAUUGUGGGAUCUUUUUUUGUUGUUGUUGUUGUUGCUAAUUUAAUCAGCACAAUUCACUGACAUGCUGGACUGAAACGCUAGCUGCUGUUCAAAAAAAAUUUUUUUGUUGUUUGUUUUUUUUUUUUUUUUUGCUGUCAGGGACAAAAAAAAAAAUUCUUCUCAUUGCGAUGGUACAUUUUCUAGUUCUUAGUCUCUCGAGCAACACUGUGCACGGCUGACGGAAAGCCCGAGCCGCCCUCGCGUCCGAUCCGCUGGCAGCCUGAUACUUCUGUUGGUUUUCUUUGUGUUUUUUGUGCAUAUAAAAACUCGGCAGGUACCUAGCCAGGUAUCGUUGGGGCGUUAGAGAUAUAGAACUAGCGUGCUGCUUUUAGAAAAAAAACAAAAAAAAAACACAAAAACAAACAAAAAAAAAAAACAACACAAAAAGAAUUAAGUCUAAAAAUGUAAAUAGUUUAUCAUAUCUUGUACAGUCCAGUGUAAAGUUUUUAAUUGAACUUUAAAGGUUGCCAUCACACUCGUGCUCACGUUUUUUUCUUCUUUAUACGGUAUGAAACAGUACGAAAGAAUUUGCUAAGGGUAUUAUUGUUUUAAAAAAAAAAUAAGAGAAAAAAGGUAAAAAAAAAAUUAAAAAAAAAAAAAAAAGGUACUAAAAAUCUUUUCUGCUUGGCUUCGGUAUGUAAACCAGCGACUUCUUGUUUUUGUUUUGUUUUGGUUUUUUUCCCCAUGUGCAGUAUUGACGUGAGGUAAACUAAACGAAUUCUCCAGUCGUAUGUUCCAGAGACGAGGCUUUCUUCUCUCUGUAAUAAUAGUAGUAUUAAUAUAAACAGAAAAUAAUCCAGAUGAGUGACGCAUUUUGGUUUAUUUAGGCACCUUAGUGGAUUGUACGAUUCUCUAAGUCGCUCUCCGUACAGGAGGCGUUCGUUCGUUUGUUCGUUCGUUCGUUCGUUUGUUUGUUUGUUUGUUUGUUUGUUUUUUUGGCAUAAAGUUGUAAAGUAAUGACAUUUCUACAGUAUACUCAAUCCAUUUGAUGUACGAUGGCAGAAGAGGGAGGUCGUGUCUGUUUUAGCUCAUUUACCUCAAGAGUUUUUUUUUCUUUCAAUAAAACCGUACAGUACACACAAACACACACACACACACACACACACACACACACACACACACACACACACACAAACAAAAACAAACACACACACAUACACACACACACACACACACAACCAGAAUAUCUCACCAUCACUCCAUCUUUUGUACUGCUGUUGACACUUACAAAUUAAAGAGACAUUUUGUUUUAAA